UAUUUCAUGUCCAUGGGUACCACAAAUGUUAAUGUAGGUGAAUAUUAUAAGGACCAUUUCACAUAAUUUGUAGUUACUUUGAAGUGCAAUUUCAGGUGAAUAGGGAAGGGAGGGGCCAAGUGCGGCAACUAUCUUUGAGGCUUACAGAUGAGUUUGCAUACAAAAACAUUUCAGGAUGUACUGACACAUAUGCAUGCCGCUAUCAUCUCACUAGCCUCAGUCUGUAGCUCGUAUGCAACAUGGCUGCACCUUUCCGUGUGCUGGUUCUGUACUGGGCGUUUAGACUGAGCUGCGGUGUGAGUCCGCCUGAAUGGUUCCAGAAUAUUUCCACCAGCCUCUUCAAUUUAUCUGGAGACAUUAUGCUCGGAGGGCUCUUUCCCAUCAACCUGUUGACCAGCAACCUCAGCCUGAGGAGUGAGCCUAACAACAUGAACUGUGAAAGUUUAAAUAAGCGUGGACUGGGCCUUGCUCUUGUGAUGAAAUAUGCAGUGGAUGAGAUCAACGGAAACCAAAUGUUGCUCCCUGGCAUCAAGUUGGGUUAUGAAAUCUAUGACACAUGCAGACAAUCUGCUGUCAUUGUGAAGCCUACUAUCUCUUUCCUCACUGAAAAAUAUAGCAGAGUGCUAUCUGUGGAGUGCAAUUAUACUGACUAUGAGACCAGCAUGGCAGCUGUUAUUGGUCCUGAAACCUCAGAAAUGGUGUCCGUCAUAGGAAAACUCCUGGGAUUCUUUCUGAUACCACAGAUUAGCUUUGGUGCCACCAGUGACAAAUUCAGUGACAAGCUUCUCUACCCGUCAUUCUUCCGCACGGUGCCCAGUGACAAAUAUCAAGUGAAGGCCAUGGCGCUUCUGCUGAAGGAGUUUCAAUGGAACUGGGUGGCAGUGGUGGGCAGUGAGGAGGAGUUUGGGCAACACGGUGUGCAGGAAUUCUCCAAAAUAGCACAGAAUAUGUCUAUCUGUGUGGCCUAUCAGGGGCUGAUUCCAGUAUACACAGACCCUGAACCAGUGGUCAAAACCAUCAUCGACAAUAUCAACAAAACGAAGGUUGGAGCAGUAGUGGUCUUUUCUCUCCCAGAGCCUGCAGUGGUUUUUUUUAAAGAGGUUAGUAAAGAAUAAUUAUUAUGUGGGACAUCCCUUUAGACAAUCAAUAUAUGAUAAUACAAUAUAUGUGGACAAAUUAUAUUCAGUUCUGCACAAAUCAUUCAAU